AUGACAGGUCUCACAAACUGGCGUAAUGUUCUGUUAUGUCUACAGAGACGUGCCUCGGGGGACGUGGACUUUUACCGAGGAUGGACCGAGUAUAAGAAUGGAUUCGGCAACCUCAACGGCAAUUUCUGGUUUGGGUUGGAGAAAAUCCACCAGCUGACCAACCAGGGGAGGUACCAGCUGAGAAUCGACAUGAAAUACAAAGGAAAAAACUACUUCGCCAAGUACGACAACUUUUCGCUGAGCGGAGAAUCUGAAAACUACAAAAUUCAGAUAUCCGGAUUUUCGGGUAAUGUAAAGGACAGCAUGGCUGCUCACAAUGGCCAGCAGUUCUCUACCAAGGACCGUGACAACGAUGGGAUUCCAAGCAGCUGCGCCACAUGGUAUCACGGAGCUUGGUGGUACAAGACCUGCCUUAGAGUGCAGCUGAACGGAUUGUGGGGCAGCACUGAGACAGCGAAGGGUUUGUUCUGGGAGGGUUUAACCGGAUGGAAAGACUCUGUCAGCUUCAGCGAAAUGAAGAUCCGACCACAUGCUUAG